AUGACAAGAAUGAAACAUUGAUGAAGAAGGUUGAGUUCAGUUGCUAAGCUUCAUCAAUUAUCGUAUGGUGUUUGUGGGUAGCUUCAACCAUGCUGUUUCUUUCUCUUCGUCCUCGUUUUCCUCCAAAUUCAGAUUCAUAUUCUCAUAUUCACAUUUUCUCUUCACUGCUCCCACGUUCCGACAAUGGUCACAAUCACCAGCCCCCUUCUCAAGUUCCCAUCAAAGCCCCCACUCCUCCAUGGAUGAAGGGUCCUCUUCUUCUACAACCCAACGAGCUCGUUGACCUGUCCAAACCCAAAUCCAAGAAGUUCAAGUUGGAAAGACAAGAACUUUCUGAUAAAGAUUUGAUGGGCAAAGAGGCAAGGGGGAAGAAGGCCAUGAAGAAAAUUGUGAAGAAGGUUGAGAAGCUUCGCAGCAGUCACAAUUCAGCUGAGGCUCUGAUUGGUUCGCCCAAUGUUGAAAGCUUAGGAGGAGUUUUGGAAAGUUUGAAGGAAAAUGAGGAAGUUAGAAGAACUAAGGCGAGAAUGCCAUGGGAGAACGAUGCUAAGUUUGUUUACGAGAAAAUUAAAAGGAAAAAGGCUGUCACUUCUGCAGAGUUGGCUCUUGAUAAGGUACUACUUCACAGGUUGAGGAUUGAAGCUGCAAGCAUGAGAACGUGGAUCAAGGUUAAGAAAGCUGGUGUUACACAAGAUGUUGUGGAUCAAAUUAAAUCGAUUUGGAGGAGACGUGAGCUUGCCAUGGUUAAAUUUGAUAUCCCUUUAUGCAAGAAUAUGAGUAGAGCACGAGAAAUUGUUGAGACAAAGACUGGAGGCUUAGUUGUUUUGAGCAAGAAGGAUUUUCUUGUGGUUUACCGUGGAUGCAAUCAUCAGUUGACAACUAAAGGUUAUCCCAGUCUAAGAAAAAAUCAUUCUGAAAUGAGUGGGGCAGAAUCAGUUACCAAUGGUAAUAUUUGCUCGGUUAAUUCCAACCGCAGUUUGAGUGAGAUGCUGAACUUCAAUGCUGAGGAUAAGGAUUCUGUAUCAACUAGUGUACAAAAGAUGAAUUUUCAAACUGCCAAUGGGUCACUGUAUGAGAGGGAAACUGAUAGAUUAUUGGAUGACUUAGGACCUCGCUUCAUUGAUUGGUGGAGGCCCAAGCCAUUUCCAGUGGAUGCUGACUUACUUCCUGAAGAUGUUCCUGGAUUUCAGACUCCAUUAAGGCUCUGUCCACCUCAUUCUGGUGCUAAACUAAGUGAUUAUGAACUAACAUACUUCAGGAAGCUUGCUCAUCCUUUACCGACUCAUUUUGUUCUCGGAAGGAACAAAGGACUCAAGGGAUUAGCUGCUGCUAUCCUAAAGUUGUGGGAGAAGAGUCUUAUAGCGAAAAUUGCUAUCAAGUAUGGGAUUCCAAACACCAACAAUGAAAUGAUGGCCAAUGAACUAAAGCGUCUCACUGGAGGAGUUUUGUUGUUGCGAAACAAAUUUUACAUAAUACUCUAUAGGGGAAAUGAUUUCCUUCCAAAAAGAGUUGCAGCUUUGGUAGAAAACAGAGAAUCGGAGCUUAAAAGUUGCCAAUUUCAUGAAGAAGUUGCACGAAUGAAAGCACUUGAAGCCUUUUCUCCUAUUGAUGAAGUCCAACAAGACACCAGUACAAGUGGAACUUUAACAGAAUUCAAGAAAAUUCAAACAAAGUUUGAGGAUACAAAAAAUCGAAACAAAGAGUUAAACAUUCAACUGGAAGCAGAAAUAUGUAGAUUGGAGAAGGAAUUGAAAGAGAAAAAAUACAAAGCAUUAGUUCUGAACAAGAAAAUAGAGAAAUCAGGGAAGGAAUUAUCAAAGUUAAAUGCUGCAUGGACACCUAGUGAGCAGGAUACUGAUUUGGAAAUAAUGACAGAUGAAGAGAGGGAAUGUUUUAGAAAGAUUGGAUUGAAGAUGCACAGUUGCUUACUGCUUGGAAGACGAGGAAUCUUUGAUGGUGUAUUGGAAGGCCUGCAUCAACAUUGGAAACACAGAGAAGUGGUGAAGGUCAUUACGAUGCAGAAACUAUUCAGUCAGGUCAUAAACACUGCAAAAUUGCUGGAGACAGAAAGUGGUGGAAUUUUAGUUUCAAUUGAUAAACUGAAACAGGGCCAUGCUAUUAUUAUAUACCGUGGAAAAAACUAUAGUCGACCGUCAGUAAAGUUAGCAAAAAAUCUUCUAACUAAAAGAGAAGCAUUGCGUAGAUCUCUUGAAAUGCAAAGAAAUGGAUCGUUUAAGUUUUUUGCUCGUCAGAAAGAGCAGACAAUCUCUGAGUUAGAGCUGAAACUGGCAGACCUGCAUCAGAGAAAGGAAAUUGUGAUGAGAGAAUCUGAAAAUCAAUACAUGCAUGUACAUGAAAUAUGAUUAUCAUGUUACAACCUCUCUCUAGUAGCCUGCUCAUUGAUGGUGGAGGAGACAUAUGAGAAAGUCAACAAGCAUUUGUAAGAAUAAAAACAUGUUUUGCAAAGAACUAAAGCAGCACAUGGAGGAAAUCAUUGAAACAGCAAUCUCAUGGAGGAAAUCUCAUACCCAAAUGUAAAGAGGUAAAAGAAUAUCAAUUGUAUUUUUUUUUAAUUUAAGAGUCAAAUUUAUAAUUAUUUUUAAUUAAAUUAAACUGGAAAAUCUCAAUAAUGAUAAAUAUAUUGAGAUUAUAUUCUUGUUUGCAAUCCUUAGAAUGUAAAAUUACAUU